AUGGCGGGCGUGGGGCCGGGGGGCUACGCGGCCGAGUUCGUGCCGCCCCCGGAGUGCCCCGUCUUUGAGCCGAGCUGGGAGGAGUUCACAGAUCCGCUCAGCUUUAUCGGCCGCAUCCGGCCUUUGGCGGAGAAAACCGGGAUCUGCAAAAUUCGGCCGCCCAAGGACUGGCAGCCUCCAUUCGCCUGUGAAGUAAAAAGCUUUCGUUUCACUCCAAGAGUCCAGCGCCUGAAUGAACUUGAGGCAAUGACCAGAGUGAGACUGGAUUUCUUGGAUCAACUAGCAAAAUUUUGGGAACUUCAAGGAUCUACUCUGAAGAUCCCUGUGGUAGAGAGAAAAAUCCUGGAUCUGUAUGCUUUGAGCAAGAUUGUUGCCAGCAAAGGAGGUUUUGAAAUGGUCACCAAAGAGAAGAAAUGGUCUAAAGUGGGUAGUCGCUUGGGAUAUCUGCCAGGAAAAGGAACUGGGUCUCUUUUGAAGUCACAUUAUGAGAGAAUUCUCUACCCAUAUGAGCUUUUCCAGUCUGGUGUGAGCCUUAUGGGUGUGCAAAUGCCUAAUUUAGAUCUUAAAGAAAAAGUGGAGCCUGAGGUUCUCAGCACUGAUACCCAAACUUCCCCAGAGCCAGGCACAAGAAUGAACACUCUGCCGAAGAGAACAAGACGUGUGAAGUCUCAGUCAGAAUCUGGAGAUGUGAAUAGAAACACGGAAUUGAAGAAACUUCAGAUUUUUGGGGCUGGGCCCAAGGUUGUGGGCCUGGCAAUGGGAACAAAAGAUAAAGAAGAUGAGGUCACCCGAAGACGAAAAGUUACCAACAGGUCAGACGCAUUUAACAUGCAAAUGAGACAACGGAAAGGCACUCUCUCUGUUAACUUUGUUGAUCUCUAUGUUUGUAUGUUUUGUGGUCGGGGAAACAAUGAAGAUAAGUUGCUUUUGUGUGACGGAUGUGAUGACAGCUAUCAUACGUUUUGUCUAAUUCCUCCUCUACCUGAUGUGCCCAAAGGAGACUGGAGGUGUCCUAAAUGUGUUGCUGAGGAAUGUAGCAAACCUCGAGAAGCCUUUGGAUUUGAACAAGCUGUACGAGAAUAUACACUUCAGAGCUUUGGAGAGAUGGCAGAUAAUUUUAAGUCUGAUUAUUUUAAUAUGCCAGUCCAUAUGGUUCCCACAGAACUAGUAGAAAAGGAAUUUUGGCGGCUGGUAAGCAGCAUUGAAGAAGAUGUCAUCGUGGAAUAUGGGGCAGAUAUCUCCUCAAAAGACUUUGGAAGUGGAUUUCCGGUGAAGGAUGGGCGGAGAAAGAUGCUGCCAGAAGAAGAGGAAUAUGCACUUUCUGGUUGGAAUUUGAAUAACAUGCCUGUCCUGGAACAGUCUGUUCUUGCACAUAUUAAUGUGGACAUCUCUGGUAUGAAAGUGCCAUGGCUCUAUGUGGGAAUGUGUUUCUCUUCUUUUUGCUGGCACAUUGAAGAUCACUGGAGUUAUUCCAUCAACUACUUGCACUGGGGGGAGCCAAAGACAUGGUAUGGUGUGCCAUCUCAUGCUGCAGAACAACUGGAGGAGGUGAUGAGAGAGCUGGCCCCUGAGUUAUUUGAAUCCCAGCCUGAUCUUCUGCAUCAGUUAGUCACCAUCAUGAACCCCAAUGUGCUGAUGGAGCAUGGUGUGCCUGUGUACAGGACCAAUCAGUGUGCUGGCGAGUUUGUUGUGACAUUUCCUCGUGCCUAUCACUCUGGAUUUAACCAGGGCUACAACUUUGCUGAAGCUGUGAACUUCUGUACUGCUGACUGGUUGCCCAUUGGACGUCAGUGUGUGAAUCAUUACCGACGCCUAAGGCGCCAUUGUGUCUUUUCACAUGAGGAACUCAUUUUCAAGAUGGCAGCAGAUCCAGAAUGCUUAGAUGUGGGGCUGGCUGCCAUGGUCUGCAAAGAAUUGACUCUCAUGACUGAAGAAGAAACACGAUUAAGAGAGUCUGUUGUACAGAUGGGUGUCCUGAUGUCAGAAGAAGAAGUGUUUGAACUUGUUCCUGAUGAUGAGCGACAGUGUUCAGCAUGCAGAACCACAUGUUUUCUCUCUGCUCUCACAUGUUCCUGUAAUCCUGAGCGGCUUGUAUGUCUCUAUCAUCCAACUGACCUGUGCCCCUGCCCCAUGCAGAAGAAAUGUCUUAGAUACCGCUACCCAUUAGAAGACCUCCCUUCUCUGCUAUAUGGUGUAAAAGUCAGGGCACAGUCCUAUGACACGUGGGUCAGUCGUGUUACAGAAGCAUUGUCUGCUAACUUCAACCACAAAAAAGAUUUGAUUGAAUUGCGAGUAAUGCUGGAAGAUGCUGAGGAUAGGAAAUACCCAGAGAAUGAUCUCUUUCGAAAACUCAGGGAUGCUGUAAAAGAAGCUGAGACCUGUGCUUCUGUGGCUCAGCUACUUCUGAGCAAAAAGCAGAAACACAGACAGAGCCCAGAUAGUGGGAGGACUCGGACCAAACUGACAGUGGAAGAAUUGAAGGCCUUUGUCCAACAACUUUUUAGUCUUCCGUGUGUCAUCAGCCAAGCUCGGCAAGUGAAGAAUCUGCUAGAUGAUGUGGAAGAGUUUCAUGAACGUGCUCAGGAGGCCAUGAUGGAUGAAACCCCAGAUUCUUCCAAACUCCAAAUGUUGAUAGAUAUGGGCUCUAGUCUGUAUGUGGAACUCCCUGAAUUACCACGACUGAAGCAAGAGCUGCAACAGGCUCGGUGGUUGGACGAAGUAAGACUGACCUUAUCAGAUCCACAGCAAGUCACUUUGGAUGUCAUGAAGAAACUGAUAGACUCUGGGGUAGGGUUGGCACCCCACCAUGCUGUGGAGAAAGCAAUGGCUGAACUACAGGAGCUCCUUACAGUCUCUGAACGAUGGGAAGAAAAGGCUAAGGUCUGCCUACAGGCAAGACCACGGCACAGUGUGGCAAGUUUAGAAAGCAUUGUGAAUGAAGCCAAGAACAUUCCAGCCUUUCUACCCAAUGUGUUGUCCUUGAAAGAAGCCUUACAAAAGGCUCGAGAAUGGACAGCUAAAGUGGAAGCUAUUCAGAGUGGCAGCAACUACUUAUUUAACAGCUCGAGAGUUUGUUCAUGCAAAGGACGCCCUAUCCCUGUGCGGCUUGAAGCACUGCCGCAAAAUCUCAGGUGGCAGCAGCAUCGGCAUGAGAGAACGGACUGGGCGACCUUUCUUAAGAAGAAUUUCAGCCAUACAUUGUUACAGGUGCUGAGCCCCCGGACUGACAUUGGUGUAUAUGGGAGUGGCAAAAAUAGGAGGAAAAAAGUAAAAGAACUGAUAGAAAAAGAAAAAGAAAAGGAUCUGGACCUCGAGCCUCUAAGUGAUCUGGAGGAGGGAUUGGAGGAAACCAGAGAUACAGCCGUGGUGGUAGCAGUUUUCAAAGAACGGGAGCAAAAAGAGAUUGAAGCCAUGCAUUCUCUCAGAGCAGCCAACCUAGCCAAGAUGACAAUGGUGGACCGCAUAGAAGAAGUAAAAUUUUGCAUUUGCCGCAAGACAGCCAGUGGGUUUAUGCUACAGUGUGAGCUCUGCAAGGACUGGUUCCAUAACAGCUGUGUUCCUCUUCCUAAAUCAAGUUCCCAAAAGAAAGGAUCCAACUGGCAAGCUAAAGAAGUAAAAUUCCUUUGCCCUCUUUGUAUGCGGUCUCGAAGGCCCAGGCUGGAGACUAUUCUGUCACUCCUGGUGUCCCUUCAGAAGUUGCCCGUACGGUUGCCUGAAGGAGAGGCCCUGCAGUGUUUGACAGAACGUGCUAUGAGUUGGCAAGAUAGAGCACGGCAGGCUCUAGCCACAGAUGAACUCUCCUCUGCCCUGGCCAAACUGUCUGUGUUGAGCCAGCGUAUGGUGGAACAGGCAGCUCGAGAAAAAACUGAAAAGAUCAUCAGUGCGGAACUCCAAAAAGCAGCUGCCAAUCCAGACUUACAGGGACACUUACCUAGUUUCCAGCAGUCUGCUUUUAAUCGGGUGGUGAGCAGUGUGUCAUCUUCUCCUCGACAAACAAUGGACUAUGAUGACGAAGAAACAGACUCUGAUGAAGACAUUCGAGAGACGUAUGGUUACGACAUGAAGGACACAGCCAGUGUGAAGUCCUCUAGUAGUCUUGAACCCAAUCUUUUUUGUGAUGAAGAGAUUCCCAUCAAAUCUGAGGAGGUGGUGACUCACAUGUGGACAGCACCUUCAUUUUGUGCAGAGCAUGCUUACUCUUCUGCUUCCAAGAGCUGUUCUCAAGGUUCUAGCACCCCAAGGAAACAACCUCGGAAGAGCCCUUUGGUGCCCCGGAGUUUGGAACCUCCGGUGCUGGAAUUGUCACCUGGAGCUAAGGCACAACUGGAAGAACUUAUGAUGGUUGGAGACCUCCUGGAAGUGUCUCUGGACGAGACUCAACACAUAUGGCGGAUUUUGCAGGCCACACACCCACCCUCUGAAGACAGAUUCUUGCAUAUCAUGGAGGAUGACAGCAUGGAAGAGAAACCACUAAAAGUGAAAGGAAAGGACUCUUCAGAGAAGAAACGGAAACGGAAGCUAGAAAAGGUAGAGCAACUUUUUGGAGAAGGAAAACAGAAGUCCAAGGAGUUAAAGAAAAUGGACAAACCUAAAAAGAAGAAAUUAAAAUUAAGUGCAGACAAAUCAAAGGAGCUGAAUAAACUGGCCAAGAAACUAGCAAAAGAAGAAGAGAGGAAGAAAAAGAAGGAGAAGGCUGCUGCAGCCAAAGUUGAACUUGUGAAAGAGAGUACUGAAAAGAAAAGAGAGAAGAAAGUGCUGGACAUUCCCUCAAAGUAUGACUGGUCAGGAGCAGAGGAGUCUGAUGAUGAGAAUGCUGUGUGCGCAGCACAGAACUGCCAAAGGCCCUGCAAGGACAAGGUAGACUGGGUACAAUGUGAUGGUGGCUGUGAUGAGUGGUUUCAUCAAGUUUGUGUGGGUGUAUCUCCAGAAAUGGCUGAAAAUGAAGAUUACAUCUGUAUAAACUGUGCAAAGAAGCAGGGGCCAGUUAGCCCAGGUCCAGCACCACCUCCUUCCUUCAUAAUGAGCUACAAACUACCAGUGGAGGAUCUGAAAGAGACCAGUUAGCAGAUGCUUGGUUAGUUUGGGACAUGGGGGGAAAUGGACCACAUUGAGACCUUAGUCAUCAAGUAGUGUGGUUUCUAUCCACUUGGAAUGUUGCUUCCAAAGAUGAAUGGCCUUCAGAGAAAGUCCUCUUAGUGCUGACUUCCUCUUUGCGUGGACUCUGGGGGUUACAUUCUCUGUCAACAUAUCUAUGCAGAGGGUGUCUUCUUUGGUACAGCAGCCAAUAGUUCAUGUCUCCUUUGAGUGUGGUUUACUGCAUUAAGGCUAGAUGCUUGAUUGAGCUCUAGGGUGGCUGGUUAGUAUUAAUACAUUGAUGUGCUAACAGGGCAUGUAGGAUGUGGCUUUUGUCCAGCUGAUAGUAGUUAGAGACUUACAACUUAGGAGCAGCACCAACUGAAGGUGCUAAUUGCUUGGAUCGCCUUCAUUGGGAUAGUUGGAGAGGGAUUGGAGUACCACUUUCCUUCCACUGUUACCUGGUACUUAAUGCCCUAAAGAUACAACUAGGAGUAACAGGGCCAAAGUUAUUUCUGUUAGACGUCAAGGAAUGGUAUCACAGUCUAUUGACAUCAGCUAUUUGUGCUUGUUUGUGCUAGAAGAACACCCCAAAUAGGAGAACCUCUCAGCUGGGGCAGGUCACCUUAUCUUUGCAAGGAUAAGGAUGUCAUCUAGAUCAGAAAUCUGACUAGAUUGGAUUCUGGGGAGAAGAACCUACUACAAGGCAAGGAGCCGUUUUUUGGCAUUGAAAAGUCUUGCUGUCUUGGGUCUACAUUUUAGGGAAGAGCAGGUACAUGGAUUCAGGCUUCUGCCAAAAAAAAAAGAGAAGAAGAUGACGACGAUGACCAGUCAUACUAUCUUACUGAGCCACAGUGAUGCAUGCUUUUUGGGGAAAACUUCAUUCACAAGUAUUCCAGACACCAGGCUUCAGGCAUGGCCGUGAGCAAGACCAGCAAAUAACUGCUUUUUGCCUUGCAGCCCUGACCCCAAUGUCUGCUGUUUCCAACACUGGCAAUUUCUAACUACGGCCCGCAGCAGAUGCUGUUGAAUAACGCCAUGGCUUCAUCAGAGGAUGCGGGGUUGUAGUACCUCUGGGUGAUGAAGUUGUUUUAGUAAAUCCAUUUUUAAAAAGAAAAAAAAAGGACUUGUUUUUACUUUUUUCUAAAUGUCUCUGACUACUGACUGUUCUAUAAAUAGAUUAUUUUUCCUUUUUUAAUAUACAUAUAUGAAUAUAUAAAUAUAUAUAUUUACUGUUACCAGCAGCAUAUGACAGAGUUUCAACAUCAAAAAUCCAUUUGGGGGCUUGCUUUUUCUUUUUUGCUUUAAAAAAAAUCCCAUUCCUUCCUUGUAGUACAAGGAGUUAGCACUCCCUCCUCCAUCCCAGCCUGACCAGAUCUUCCAUUUUGCUUUUGUUCAUAUAGAUAAUUAUAUGUCCUUUGUGUGUUGGGACUUGUUCCUGUCUGUUGGGAAACUUGGUCUCACUCUAGUCUGUGCUGGCUGUUUUUUCUUUUGUGUGUGAAUGUUUGAAACUAUGGUGCUGUGUCCUCUUCCCUCCUAUUGUGUUCUCUGUUCUUAAGGUUUUAGGUAAGCUGUAUGUAAACUCUUAUUAGAAGGGGACUAAUUUUUUUUAAAGGACAAAAAAAAAGACUAAAAAUAGUGUUUUGUCAUCACUGUCUGUCUGGUGUGUUUAUUUUGGUUUAAAAAAAUCUGUGGUUUGACUUAAAUUCAUCAGUUUUCCUUUUAAAGGGGGGAUUGGGGUGGACCUAGCAACGGCUUAUAGUCUCCUUUUCCCUUUUUGCCCCAGUCUCUUUUAAAGAACUGUCUUCUAGUAACUAGAAGUGAAAUGUACUGUCCAGUUACAGUUUGAGUGGGUAUGAGAUU